AUGCAGCAUCUAUGGAAAAUCUCAAGAAGUAUGUUUGUCCUAGCCUCCCAAAGUGUAAGAAAGAUGGACGGGGACCUGCCAAUGUGGCCCGAGGAGCGCACAGACCUAAAACUACAGAUAGCAGAAAAUAAAGCCAUAAAAACAGGGGUGAUAACUCCACUGCUUAAAGAGGAAUUAUGGACUAAAAUCCAACAUUCAAGACUAGAGAGAGGUCUGGAUGAGUUAAAAGUUGAAAUGAAAAAUCCAGUCAAGACACCGUUAACUAACGAGGAGAAAACGAAAGUGGCGAACAGAAAAGAGAAAAAUAGGGAAGCUGCAGUUAGGUGUCGACAGAAGCGAAAGAAUAAACAGAAGGAAUUAGAACAAGAAUUAGAAAAGGAGAAAGAAAGACACAGAUUUCUAAGUGAAAAGUGCCAGUCCCUCUUGGAUGAAAAAGAGUGGAUAAUGUCUGAACUGGGUCUGACCUCCACCCCUAAGGAAGAACAUGCAAGCAUUUGGACUCCUCCCCCUAAGGAGGAGCCUAUCUGCAAUUGGACCCCUCCCCCGAAGGAAGACCUUACAUGCAUCUGGACUCCUCCCCCGAAGGACGACCUUACGUGCAUCUGGACGCCUCCCACUAAGGAGGAACCUAUGUGCAAUAGGACCCCUGCCCGUGGCGAGCAACCUGCAUAUAACGGGACACCUCCUCCCACAGACGAGUCAGUAUACAGCUGGACCUUUGCUCCGAAAGAGAGGUGUGAAUAUAGCUGGACUCCUGCACCGAAGGAGAGGACUGUACACAACUGGACACCUACACCAAUGGAAGGACCUGAACGCACCGUCACACCUCCCCCUAAGGAGUUGACUGACUUGUGGGCACCUAUACCUGUACUAUGGUCUACAACCCCAAACCUUAACGAAAAAGACGCUAUAUGGAUGCAAGAGAUAAUUAGGGAGGAGGAAGCAUCUCCUCCCCCUCCAGAAUGCUUCAGUUACACAGAGUGUCCAGAUGACUUACAGGUAGUACCCGGAGAGGGAUGUUCAAGCAUUCUUCUUUAAUGUGUCGACAAAAUACGCCAAUAAUUUUCUUGGUUUUGAAAUAUUAAGUCAGGUAUAGGUCCUGAUUAUAUCGGUUUGCACCUGUCAGUGACAUUCGUGUUUACUAUAUGUCAUAUCAUUUUUAAAUUGACAUUAUACCAGUGUUCUUAGUUAGAAACACAGAUUUACAAUAGAAUUGAAAUAUGUGGUCAGAAAAAUUGCUCAACGUGUAGGUAGUUCCAGGAAUAUAACAGCAGGAGAAGCUAGA